AUGGCGAGUCUAUCAGCGAGUGAGACCGAGUUCCUCGCAGAGCAGGAGCUUAUCGUUAUUAUGCCGCACUUUCAUCUUCGUGAAAACAACGGUCUGCUGAACUUCAUUAGCGGCGACUUUGGACCUUUUCAACCUGGUAUUACCACACACGUACCACUGUGGCUUGCCAUUAUGCUCAAACAGCUCCACAAGUGUCGAAUUUUGGCACCGUCAUGGCUUUCAGUUGACUAUUUGACGUCGCGACUGGAGCGCGAGAAGUCGAGCGAAGUGUUUGAGGAAUUGCCUUUUCACUACUUGGAGAUAGCGUCGUUGCUGCUGAAAAAUGCACCGGAGGAUCUGGAUCAAAGUGAACACAUUCGUUCUUUAUUGGAAGACCUACAGAACGUACGGCAGGAUAAAAUUCGAAACGGUCUGUCCAAGAUUGCAGGUGAUGUUCAAAGCGGUGAAACAGCUUUUGUCAUUCAAAUGAACAACAUUUCCGCUCUAGAAAUUAACUCUGUCCGUGAGUUUAUGCUUGGGUCUUUGGAUCAGUUCUACCGUCUUUCACAACUCACGUCAGGAGCUGGUGAGGGGAAUGUUCAGUCUCAGUCCCAGUCACAAUCCCAGAGUUACUCAGAGCCUUCGUCAGCGGAAGUCCCUGCAGUACGUCGACUUCGACGGCAUCGAGAGUAA